AUGGAGCAGGAAGUGGAAUAUGAGUGGCUUCCCAUUAAAUGUAAAGCAUGUACUGGUUUUGGUCAUGCUGAGAUGGAAUGUCAAAAAGAGCUGAAAACAAAAUGGGUCAAAAAAGAAACUACAUCUAAGGAGGAGGUGAAGGCUAGGCCGAAUACUGAGGGGGAAAAAUCUACUGGUUUGGAGAAUGUAGAUUUAGUUUCUGUGGAAAAGGAAGGGGAUCCGAGUAUCAUUUCUGAAAAGGAAAGCGCACCAGUCACUACAUCAGAGGGUAACCAGAAUAACUCUCAAGCUAUCCCAAUUAUUGAUAAAGAUAAGCAGCAAAGCACUAAAUGGCUUACUCCUAAACGAGUAGCCUUUCAUCCGAAAUCUGGGCAACAGUCUGUUCCUUUUACAAAGAAUUCAGAGGGUAGAAUUUUGAUUGUGUGGAGGAAGGUUUUUGUCAAGGUUACAAUUAUUGAGGAUUCUCCUCAAUUUGUACACUGCUUGGUUUCGAUGGUUGGUCAGAAGCACAGGUUCUAUGUCACUAUUGUCUAUGGCUUCAAUGCUAUAGAAGGUAGAAGGAGUUUGUGGGAAGGGUUACUUAGACUUUCUCUUGUGCAUGAAGCUUGGAUUAUUUUAGGGGAUUUUAAUGCUCCUUUUUCUGGUAUGGAUAGAAUUGGAGGUAAUCCUAUUUCUGGUGUUGAAUUGGUGGAUUCAGUUCGUUGGCUCGAGGUGGAUCAUUUGGUUCCCUUAAAAAUUUUAGGUUCGUUUUUCACCUGGACUAAUAAUCAAAGUGGUUCAGCUCGCAUUUAUUCCAAAAUUGAUCAUGUUUUCAUAAAUGAGACUUGGUUUGAUCAUUUUCCUCAUGCUACUGCUGUCUUUAAGUGGGAAGUUGUUUCCGAUCACUGCUUUUGUAUUAUCAAUAUUCAGUCUAAGUUCCUGGAAGUGGUGCGGCUCAGCUGGAAUUUACCUGUUAAAGCUACUGGUUUACAGGCUCUUUUCUUAAAAUCCCUGAGGCUGAAACAUGCUUUAAAGAAGUUUAAUCAUAAUACCUUUGGAGAUAUUGGUUUGAGAUUUGAUUUGGCUAAAGAAAAUCACCAGGCUGCUCAGUUAAAAGCCCAAGCAUUCCCAUCUGAGUUUGGUUACCAGCAAAAUGUUAAGGAAGCUACUGAAGCUUAUCUUCAAAGGAGAGCUGAUAAUGGUAUAGCUUCUUUUGUUAAUGAUCAAGGUCAGCUGGUGGAUAAUUUUCCUGAGGUUGGCUCUCAUUUUGUUGGGCAUUUCAGAAGUUAUUUAGGGAGUCGGAGUUCAGCUACAGGCAACAUUAAUACGGACUGUAUAAACUUGGGACCUAAGCUUUCAAUAGAUCAUCAAACUUUACUAUUAAAACCCUUUUCUCCCAAGGAAAUUCGGAUGGCUUUAUAUGGUAUUCCUUCUAACAAAUCACCAGGUCCGGAUGGUUAUGGCUCAGGAUUUUUCAAGGCUGCCUGGCAGAUUGUUGGCAAGGAGGUCUGUUCUGCUAUCAGUAACUGCUUUGAAACAGGGAGUUUUCCAUCAGACAUGCAUGAAACUUCUCUGUCCUUAAUCCCUAAGGUGGCUAAUCCUUCUCGAGCUAUUGAUUAUAGGCCAAUUGCGUGUUGCACUACAUUAUAUAAAUGUAUUGCUAAGCUCUUAUGCUCUCGUUUGGCGUUGGUCCUCCCUGCUAUUGUUCAGUCGAACCAGGGGGCAUUUAUUAGGGGUCGUUCAAUAGCUCAUAAUAUCGUGAUCUUUCAAGAUCUUAUUAAAAAUUAUGGUCAGGCUGUUACUUCCCCAAGAUGUGCCAUAAAGAUUGAUUUGAGCAAGGCUUAUGACACGGUAGAUUGGCAAUUCCUUGAGGACCUCUUAAAUGCUCUAUGUUUUCCUAUGAAGUUUAUAGGUUGGAUUAUGAUGUGUUUAAGAAAUACUUCUUAUUCGUUACUCAUGAAUGGUCGAGUUCAAGGUAAAUUCAAGGGUAAGAAGGGGCUGCGUCAGGGAGAUCCAAUGUCUCCUCUAUUAUUUGUUCUUAUCAUGGAAUAUUUGACUCAGAGACUUCAACUUGCUGCUCUUGAUCCUUCUUUCAGAUUUCACCCUAUGUGCAAGAGUUUAAAGCUUAUCAAUCUCUGUUUUGCUGAUGAUUUGAUCCUCUUUUGUAAGGGUACUCACUCGGCUGUUUUUUCUCUCAAAGUUGCUCUUGAUGAUUUCAGUUCAGCCACUGGUUUGACCAUAAAUUCAGCUAAGUCUCAAAUCUUUUUUGGCAGAGUUUCUUCUACUGUGAGAACCUUCAUUUCUCAGGAGAUGAAUCUUAUGGUAGGAUCCUUUCCGCUCAAGUACCUUGGGGUUCCUAUGAGGCCUACUAAGUGGCGUCAUGAGGACUGUGAUAUAAUUUUGCAAAAAUCAGAUUAA